GGGGCUUCGGCUUCAAGGUUACCUGCCUGACGCUCCCUCCGUUGCUAAUAGCAACGGAUUGGGGGGGGUGCGCCAGGCGCCAUCUUGGUUGUGGGCAAAAUGAGGCAAAGCAACGUCAAGGCGUCAGCUGUCAUGUGAUAGGCGUGUCUGACGUCAUUUCCUUAAACCGCGAUUUCCUCCAGCUAUGAGGUUUGUCGAAGGCACCGGAACUCGUGUUAAAAGCGGCUUUUACCCAUGAUUCCAAACUCCAGCGCUGUAAUCAAAUCAUUACUGUAUUUAUAGUCUGUCUCUGUCACUGGUUUGUCUUUCGAGUACCACAAAGCUACUUGUUAUCGUUGCUGCAGCCCCGCGAAAACAGAGUGCCUCAGCUUUAUCAUAGAGACAUCCGGAUAGAGCGUCAAAACUGACCGUGGGGUUUCCUAGUGGCUCGUGGAUGGCGUCAUUGCCACGCGCCGGAAGGGGGGACGAGCGCAAAAAUCAGAACUGGGCUAAUGAGCAUACAAGCCUAAUAGGGGAGAGAAAAAUCAGUAGACGCAAAAUGGGAGGUCGGCGAGCGCUGCAUUUCGUGUUCAAAGUCGGUAACCGAGCCCAAACCGCCCGCUUCUACCGAGAGGUUUUGGGCAUGCGCGUUCUAAGGCAUGAAGAAUUCGAAGAAGGUUGCAAAGCUACCUGUAAUGGUCCCUAUGAUGGAAAAUGGAGUAAAACCAUGGUGGGGUAUGGUCCAGAAGAUGAUCACUUUGUGGCAGAGUUAACCUACAAUUAUGGUGUCGGAGACUACCGUCUUGGCAAUGAUUUUCUGGGCAUGACGGUUGUGUCCCACCAAGCAGUAAGCAAUGCCAAAAAGCUGGAAUGGCCCCUCAAAGAAAUCUCAGGAGGUGUUUACCAAGCAGAAGCUCCUGGAGGCUACAAAUUCUUCCUGGAAGACAGAGAGUCUCCAAAGCCAGAUCCAGUGCUGAAGGUCACCUUAGCUGUGUCUAGUCUUUCAAGAUCUGUGGACUUCUGGUCAAACUUGCUGGGCAUGAAGGUUUACCAGAGGGAUGAGCCCAAGCAACGAGUUCUGCUUGGCUAUGCGGACAACCAGUGCAAACUCGAGCUGCAGGGCAUUGGCCAAGUCGUGGAUCACGGCACUGCCUUUGGACGGAUCGCCUUCUCUUGCCCAAAGGAGCAGCUUCUGGAUAUCGAAGCCUUGAUGAAAAAGGAGAACCAGAAAAUUCUGACGCCGUUUGUGAGCCUGGAUACCCCAGGAAAAGCGACUGUCCAAGUUGUCAUCUUGGCAGACCCUGACGGCCAUGAAAUCUGCUUUGUUGGUGAUGAAGGCUUUAGGGAGCUUUCCAAGGUGGACCCGAAUGGCGGGAAGCUCUUAGAUGAGGCAAUGGCGGUUGACAGGAGUGACGAAUGGUUUGCCAAGCAUAACAUUGCAAAGCCUUCUGCAUAGGCUGAACAGCCGAGACAGCCGGCAGUGGCGUUCGGAUCCUUGGUUGUGUGUGUGCGUGGGGGGGGGGCACCUCAUACUUUCUAUCCACAUAGCUGUGACCAUCACCUCUAGGCCAGACUGUGUGUCAUUUUGUAAAAAAUCACUCUGACUGCCAACAGGCUCUCUCCCUUUUGAACUGAUGCCGAGGGAAGGGGUGUGGGGGGCGGGACGAGCUUAAGCAGAGUACAUAGAAAUUUUGGGAUGGAUCCAGAAUAAAUUUUCCAGUGGCGGAAUGGACCUUUCCCGCAUCUCACCUCCCACUGCGGCCCCAAAAUGCUACGCAGAGGAAAUCGCCCUUUGAGUCUGGAUCCAACCCUUGGUGCCCUGAACUAGAUCAAGCCUGUCGGCCUUCUCAAGCAGACCACCGGCUACAAACAGCGUUCUGUUGGAUGCACCCCCCUCCCCCAUUCUGUUUUGGAGGCCCCUGGCAGGGAAUGUCCAUGGCUGUCAGGUUGCUUGGCUUGAGUUACUGGUGAUGGGGCAUAGGAGGGCGCAGAGGUCUAGAAAGAAUUCAAGCUUUUAACCCAGACUAGGUCUGUAAUUUCGAGUGCAAAGACACUUUUGACUGCCCAUUCCCAUACUUGGGGGCGGGUUAGGAAACAUGAAACUAUCUUUGAUGCUUUUCAUCCUGGUUUCUCUGAAUAUGCAGUGAGGCAUUACCUCUCUGGUUGGUUUGACUCAAUUGCUGGAUCCAGCAUUUCUCUUGUGUUUGCCUGAAUGGCCAAAGUGCCUCAUGCUGGCAUAGUGUGUUUUGCUUGGUUGGGCUGGGGGAGAUGGGUGGCUCAAAACCUGGGAGCUGGUGCUCCGCAGCUACUCCCCUGCCGGUACAGAUGAUGUGCUUCUGUGCGUUACACAGACAUUAAUCUGCGUUAAUAUUAAAAGAGCACAGAUGCAGCUGUUCUAGAGUGUUGUGCUGGUGAGCAGACGGAUCAAACGUGGCAGCAGAGAACUUCCUCAGCCACUUCUUGCAAACAACUGUGAUCUUUCAAAUCACUGGAACAUCAGAAGGAAGAAGAGUAUCUUUCUCAUUUUACAGGAACAACCAAGAGAAGCAUUUACGUGGUCCCCAAAUUAGUUUUCCAGUCAGCUCCUCCAAAGGCUGUUUGGUUGCCAGCCUUCCUCGCUGGCCAGGAGAAUAAUCCCCAGCCAUUUUCUGGCAAGGGCAUGAGAGGCAGGAAGAGAAAGCUGAAAUGUGACGUUCUCACAAGACUGUUAUUUAAAACAAUGGCGCUGUAGGCCAAGGCCUGGAGCAAAGAAGCCCUCUCACAUUCCAUGCGGUAACGGUCCCGUUGGUAACGUCUCUUUCACUCUUUUCCUGUUUCCUCCUGGUGCACAGUUGCUUGGCAAAAUGUUGUUCUGCUGUGUGAUGUUGCUUUGAAGUUGUGUAACAGAAUCAAAGGCCUUCUUUGUAGGGGGUGACUGGUCCGAGCUCCUUGUAUUUUUGAGAUCUCUAGAAUAAAGAG